AAAAACUUCCGGUUUUUCAUCAUGCUUUAAGUACUACAACAACCGUUUGCACUAAAAUCCAUUAAUAUAGAAUGACUCGAGGUGGUGUUUGCAAAGAGGUUAUUGAGUCUGAUCCCAAAAUUUUGAGGCAUGAUGUAGGAGAUAAAAGCAUAAACAUCACAAAAAAAAGUAGAGGAAACGAAAAGCAUACAAUGCCUUCAACUAAUGUGGUGUAUGAGCUUCUUGAAUGCCCCAUGUGCACAAAGUUAAUGUAUCCUCCAAUUCAUCAGUGUCCAAAUGGCCAUACUUUGUGCUCAAACUGCAAAUCAAAAGUUCAUAAUUGUUGUCCAUCAUGUGAUUCUGAGCUUGGAAACAUAAGGUGUUUGGCUUUGGAGAAAGUAGCAGAAUCUUUGGAGCUUCCAUGUCGCCAUGGAUGCCAUGAUAUUUUCCCUUAUUAUAACAAACUUAAGCACGAGCAAAAUUGCCGAUUUCGCCCUUACAAUUGUCCUUAUGCUGGAUCCAAAUGCUCGGUCACAGGUGACAUUUCAAAUCUUGUUGCACAUUUGAAAAAUGAUCACAAUGUAGACAUGCAUGAUGGAUGCACAUUCAAUCAUCGAUAUGUGAAAUCCAAUCCACAUGAAGUUGAAAAUGCAACAUGGAUGCUAACUGUGUUUAAUUGUUAUGGAAGACAAUUCUGUUUGCACUUUGAAGCAUUUCAGUUGGGAAUGGCUCCUGUUUACAUAUCAUUCUUAAGGUUCAUUGGUGAGGACAAUGAAGCCAAAAGUUUCAGCUACUCACUUGAAGUAGGAGGGUAUGGACGUAAAUUAACAUGGCAAGGGGUCCCACGGAGUAUUCGCGACAGUCACCAGAAAAUUCGCGACAGUCAAGAUGGUUUAAUCAUUCCCAGGAAACUCGCGCUUUUUUUCUCAGGUGGAAACAGGAAAGAGCUCAAGUUAAGAGUUAUAGGUCGUAUAUGGAAAGAACAGUAAAAGCUAAAAGAAUCCACUUUUUGCGAACAUUCGGUUCUCAAGUGUGAGGGCAUUUAUGUGAUUAUGCUCGUGUUAUAUGGCGUAUAUGAGUUGUUGUUAUGUAAGAUUCAUGGGGUUAAAGUAAGAUAUAUCUUGUCUUUAAAUGUUGUGUUAUGUUGUGUUGUGUUGUGUUGGUUGAUUAUUUUUUUUUGGUUGUGGUUGUUAUUGGGGAUGGGAUCCGAUAUCAAUGUGAAGUGUUGAUUCGUACCCUACAAACUUUGUAGGGAUAUUUGUUAUGAUAAGGAUGCGAGGGUAUUUAUUUUGAAUAUAACAAAUAUUGAUAGAGCGAGUCCCUAUAUCGCCUUGUUCUAUGUUUUUUUGGUG